AUGUAUGGUAUAUUAUUUGAAAUUCUACGAAAUUAUGUUGAUGAGACAUUCGGUCCAUCAACAUGGGAGGCUGCUGUACAAAUAGUCAACGGACAACAACUGGAAAUACAAACUAAUCGGAACUAUUCUACACGAUUACUAACACGAAUAAUCAGUACAUUAUGUGAGUUUAUUGGUCUACCUGAAGAAGAUAUUUAUUACGAAUUCGGUAUUAAAUCUGUCGAUUAUCUGAGUAAUAAUGGUUUCCAGAGUUUAUUACAAGUACUGGGUAAAAAUUACAUUGACUUCUUACAUAAUAUUAAUGAAAUGCACGAGUAUUUACAUUAUUCUUAUCCAAAAAUUAAACCGCCUAAUAUAAAAGUCACUUCAAUCAAUCACAAUGUCAUCACUUUGGUCUAUUCUUCCGUACGUGAAGAAUUUGCUCAUUAUCUUAGAAGUCAACUAAUAUAUAUUGCAAAAUUAUAUUUUCAAUUGGAUGUUAGUGCAAAAUUAGUUGAUAAAAGGAAGCAAGCAGCUUCACACAUAUACACAUUUAAGCUAUACAAUAAAGGUUUACCAUGGAUUGAAUUAUUAGAAAAAGAUAGUCAACUCACUAAGUAUAUAUCUCUAUUGGAUUUAACAGUCUCAUUACCAGAGAAGGAAUUUUUAGGCAUACUACCUUUUCAUUUGGUACUGACCAAGGAUAUGACAAUCAGACGUGUAGGUAAGGGAUUUUCAUGUUUAAGAAAUGAUAUAUCGGGAAAGGAGUUUGUAACAUGCUUUCUAAUUUCAAAGCCGAAAACAAAUCCAAAUUUCGAUGAG